AUGAAUGUUCAACAAUCUGAUAAAGCUCUGAAUCUGGUUAAAGACUAUGUUGCUAAAGGGUUUAACUUAACUGUAACGAAGAUGAUUCCCCCUAUGCGUAUUACUACCGCUACUGGAGAAGUGCGUGAUUCUUCAUUCAUUUGUAGAGAUGUAGAGUUUAAAUAUGAAGGCAGGGGUUACACGGUGGAUUUGAUUAUAUUAUCACUGGCCACUAUUAAUUUGAUUUUGGGUAUAGACAGGGUUGGGGCUGUAGGAUAUGUAUUUAUGGGUGGCCAUGUUGGUGAAAAAAGUGAAGAGAUUUUGAAUAUUUCGGUGGUGAAGGAGUUUGUGGAGGUGUUUCCUAAUGAGAUACCAGAAUUUUCACCUGAGAGAGAGAUUGAAUUCUCCAUUGAUAUGUUGUCUAGUGUGGGGCCUAUCUCUUUGGCUCCAUACCGGAUGUCACCAUUAGAAUUGGCGGAGCUGAAGAAGCAUAUAAAGAAACUUUCUGUGAAGAAUUUCAUUAGACCUAGUGUGUCUUCAUGGGGAGUACCUGUAACUUUUGUAAAGAAGAAGGAUGGUAGCAUGUGA